UAUUCUAAUCAGUUGAAACUUGUAAACGGUCUAUGAACGGUCACGAACUGAAAAUGCAGCUACUCCAUACAAUUUGCAUCGCUGCUUUCGCUCUGGUUGCGUUAGGGCGCGCAGAUGGAAUUGAAAUAAGCACAAGAUUGGGCGAUGUACUGGGCACAACAUUGCAAACCCGUUUGGGCGAGGACUUCUAUGCAUUCCGUGGCAUCCGUUAUGCACUGCCGCCAUUUAGAAAUUUACGUUUUCAAAAUCCUAAACCAUAUCCAGCAUGGAAACCAAACACUUACGAUGCCACCCAGGAUGGUCCAAUGUGUCCGCAAGUGACUGAAAAUGUCACCGAUCUAUCGGAGGAUUGUUUGCGUUUGAAUGUUUAUACGAAGGAUACAAAAAAGAGGAAGCCGGUUGUGGUGUAUAUACAUCCGGGUGGUUUUUACGGCGUUUCGGGUCAAAGCAAAAACUUCGCUGGUCCCGAACAUUUGAUGGAUCGCGACAUUGUAUUGGUGACGAUAAACUAUCGCUUAGGCACAUUGGGUUUCUUGGCAACGGGUAGUGCUGAAGCGCCCGGCAAUGCUGGCUUAAAGGAUCAGGUGGAGGCAUUGCGUUGGGUACGCAACAAUAUUAGGUGCUUCGGUGGUAAUCCGCGUGCGGUGACAUUGUUGGGCUAUAGUGCGGGCAGCUUUAGUAUUGGAUUGCAUAUGUUGUCGCCCAUGUCAAGGGGUCUAUUUCAUCGCGCCAUUAUGAUGAGUGCUUCGCCAUUGGGACAAUUCGAUUACGAGCAUCAGCAAAAACGAUUGAGCGAUAGGCAAGCAGAUUUAUUAGACUGCCCCAGGAAGCCGGCGGAUCAGUUGGUGAAUUGUUUGAAGCAGAAACCAAUGAUGGACUUCGUGAAUACAACCGCUGAAAUGUUUGAUUUCAAUUGGAAUCCGGUUUUGAAUUGGAUGCCCGUGAUCGAGGAUGAUUUUGGCCAAGAACGUUUCUUGGUGGAGGACCCUUACGAAACCAUACAAACUGGCACAUUCCACAAAGUACCGCUUAUAAUCGGUAUAACGGAGCAUGAGUUUGUCGGCGGAGCCUACAAUCUCUUAAAGAAUGAGACCACCAGAACGUGGUUAAAUGAAAAUUUCGAAAAAUAUGCGCCAAUUGCAUUAAUGUAUGAACGUGAUACGCCGCGUUCUGUGGAAAUAAGCAAAACAUUGCGCAGAUAUCUGCCAAACGGGCCCUUGGCGCUUCCCCAUAGUUUGCAAACAUUCGGCAAACUAUACUCUGACGCCAUUAUCGGUUUCGAAUACCACCGGUUCUUGGAUUUGAUUUCGCGCUUUACUUCCGUCUAUACGUAUCUCUUCACGUACAAGGGUCGUUACAGUCAUUUCGACAUUGACGGUGAGGUUUACGGUGCUGUACAUCAUGAUGAAUUACUCUAUCUGUUCCAUGUACCUGUUAUGACACCGCUUUUCAGUGCAACAGAUCCGGAAGAUGAGGUCAUUGAAAACUUAACUCGCAUGUGGACGGAAUUCGCCAGAAAAGGCGAUCCAAAUAAUGAUGCUGAUGCGUAUUUGAAAGAUUUACAUUGGCCGCCUUAUAACGGGAAUACGAAGCCAUAUUUGAACAUAGGCGCGAAAUUGGCCGUUUCAAGUGGUGGCAUUUUCCCUGAAAGAUUCCAAAAUUGGGACAAACUAUUCCCAGUGCCGCAGUUCACUUGAAGCGGUUUUCAAAUUAUUGUAC